AUGGGACUAAAGUUGAGUGAAGAGACCAGUCAGUCUGAAACACAGGAAGAUGAGUGGACUCCUGAGUGUGCAGCUGACACCCAUUUGGACCUAGCCACCGAGAGGACCCUGGAAAACCAGAGUGCUGGGAUCACCCUCAUCCUCUUGGGCUUCUCAGAACAUCGAGAUGUCCGGGUGCCCCUCUUCAUGGUCUUUCUGAUCAUCUACUUGGUCACAGUUGUUGGGAAUCUGGGAAUGAUUAACAUCAUUAGGAUGAACCCUAAACUCCACACACCCAUGUACUUUUUCCUCAGUCACUUGUCCUUUGUUGAUUUCUGUUACUCUACUGUAGUUACUCCAAAAUUGCUAGAGAAUUUGCUCGUGGAAGACAGAACCAUCUCCUUCACGGGGUGCAUUGUGCAAUUCAUUUUCAUUUGUAUAUUUGCUGUGACAGAAACAUUCAUGUUGGCAGUCAUGGCUUAUGAUCGAUUUGUGGCCGUUUGUAAUCCCUUGCUUUACACAGUUGCAAUGUCCCCGAAACUUUGCUUCUUGUUGGUGGCUGCCUCAUACGCUUGGAGUGUAGUCUGCUCCUUUGUACUGACAUACUUUCUGUUGAGAUUAUCCUAUCAUGGGACCAAAUUAAUAAGUAACUUUGCAUGUGAGCACGCUGCCAUUGUUUCUGCGUCGUGCUCGGACCCUUCCAUUAGUGAGACGAUGAUUUUCUUGGUUGCUACAUUCAACGAAACAAGCAGCCUCAUUAUUAUUCUCACUUCCUAUGUUUUCAUCUUUAUCACUGUCAUGAAGAUGCCGAGGACUGGGGGGCGCUACAAAGUCUUUUCCACCUGUGCCUCCCACCUAACAGCCAUUACCAUCUUCCAUGGCACCAUCAUUUUUCUCUACUGUGUGCCUAAUUUCAAGGGCUCCUGGCUCAUGAUCAAGGUGGCUUCUGUGUUUUACACUGUGGUCAUCCCCAUGUUGAACCCCCUCAUCUACAGCUUCAGGAAUAAAGAUGUAAAAGACACAGUCAGGAAGUUAAUCAAUACUAAUUUAAUAUUAUUUAAAUUCUAA